UAGCACUCGCAAGCGCUUUUGCACUCGCAUUUGCAGUCGCAGCGGUCGCAGGCGCAGCCGCAACAUCUUCUUCUUAGCGCAGCGCACUCCAAAAGAAAAGCCUUCGAACUUAUAUAACUACUUAUUAGCUCGGCAUAUACUUUAGUUAUUCAGUCACCUCUCUACGGUCAAGUUCGCUUUCUUCCUUUCCAAAAGCCAAAAAACCGAAUCGGAUAUUUUUGCCUCAAAUAAACAAAACACAACCGGACACAAUUUGCUGAAACAUAUACAUAGUGUAUGUGUGUGCUUUUUAUCUGAAGCAAAGUGUAACGAAUAAUUUUUUCGGAAAGUUUAACAAGUAGUGUGUGCUUGCGUGUGUGCAUAGCCAAAUUUAACGGGAAAGGAGUCAAAUUAUAUAGUUUGGUUAUUCUGUCGUGUUUUGGAUGUUGCGAACUUUUGAAAAUUUCAACGAGUGAAAUUUCUGCUCAAGAAAUAAGCAAAUCGAAUUCAGCAAAAAUUUUAAAAUUCAAAUAAAUUAAACAAAAAAUAGGAGUCUGUGCAUCCUGCCAAUCGCAGCAUACUGCUGAGGCUUAAAGUGUUAAGGGAUUAAAAUUAAAAAUAAAAUACUAAAUAAUACAAAGCAACUCUUUGCUGUUAUAAACAGCAAUCAAAAAAAAAACAAAAAGCAAGUGCAAUAGUGUUGAAACUAUAAGAAAACAGUAUAAACAGCAAGCCAGGAUAACGCUUUGGCGAGUUUCGACUGCAGCAAACGUGCAACGCACAAGAAAAAUACAUGACUUCAGAGCAUUUAAAAAUUUGCUGAAACAAAUAGAAGUUGCUCGCAAAGUUUUUCGCUGCAGUUUGGAUUUGGAUAUUAAUUAUAGCAACAAAUAAGCAUACUUAGAAAAGCAUAUCUAACGGCGUCCAUAAAUACCAUAACAGCGAUAGCAUUACAACAAUAAAAAGCAAAAACCAACAACUACAUUUAUAGCUAAACAAUCAAUUGCAAGCGGCAACAUGUUCUUUCGACGUUGCACAAUUUACCUCAUUGUUUUGCUGCUGGUGGCAAGCACCGCGUCUGCGGCACGUAAAACCAAACGUCCGGUUAAGCCGGCCAAAACGUAUCCCCGCAACAAUAUAACACCAGCACCACCAGCUGCCGCAGCCGCUGCGGCCGCUACCAGCGCUGGCAGCGUUGCUGCUGCUCAACAAGCUGCCGCUGUCACCACACCGGCUGGCGGCAGUAGCACAACGCAUGCGCCGCCUAACAUUAGCAGCACCACAGCUACGCCAACACAAAUUGGCAGCGGCAAUUAUGCCGGCAGCGCUGCUGGUGAUGAGAGUACCGGAAGUGACGGUUUUGUGGUCGGCAAUGAGCUGCCCAAACCGAUGACACCAUUGUCGGAGGCCAGCACCGGCAGCACUGGCGCUGCGGCGGCAUCCGCUUCGGCUGAGAGUAAAACGGACCGUCCGUCGGCCACGUUAUCACCAAUCGAAGAAGACUGUGAUCCGGAUAUGAUUGGAUUCGAGAUUAUCACUGGUUAUGUUCUCUCGGCGCCAACUAAAUUGCUUGACACGCUGCCCGGCAUACUGAUGCUGACUGAUUGCUUGGAGGCAUGCCAGGCGAACGAAUCAUGCAGUGCAGUUAAUUACGAGACCGGUCUAUGUGUAUUAUUUAGAACCACCGCUGAUGUAUUGCCAGGUUCACUUUCGCGUUCGCAGUUUCCAGUUUUUACCAUCUACGCACAGAAAUCCUGUUUGGGCGUGCGUCCCUGCUCGAAGGCCUGGUGCAUUGAUCGCGUUCAAGGUUAUCGUCUAGUGGAGCAUGUCAAAUCUAGCCAGACUGUCUAUUCGCGCCGUGACUGCUUGGAAUUGUGCUUGGGCGAAACUGAAUUCACUUGCAGAUCCGCUAACUUCUAUCGUCAUUCUGGUUUGUGCGAACUCUCCGAUAUGGAUCGUAUCACUUUGACUGGCGCUAAUAAUGUGGAACCCUACGAUGGUGCUGAUUACUUGGAGAAUAAUUGCGCUGAGGAGCCCAGCAAGUUGUGCGAAUUCAAACGUAUCUCUGGCAAAAUUUUGAAAACAGUCGACUCUGUCUAUCAAGAUAUCAAUAGCAUUGAUGAGUGCCGCGAUUUGUGCUUAAACUCACCCUACAGAUGCCACUCAUACGACUACAAUGACACUGGCGAUAUGGUCUGCCGUCUCUCACAUCACAGCCGCGCCACACUCACCGAUGUGCUCGACCCCUACUUGGAUGUACCAGAGGCUGCAACCUAUGAACUCUCCUCCUGCUACAAUGUGUCCAUUGAAUGCCGAUCUGGCGAAAUGAUCACCAAAAUACGCACAUCAAAACUGUUCGAUGGCAAAGUCUACGCUAAGGGUUCCCCCAAAUCGUGCUCAGUCAAUGUUAACAACUCACUCGAAUUCGAUUUCCGCAUGGGCUACAACGAUCUCGAGUGCAAUGUGCGUCAGAGCGCUUAUGGCCGUUACAUGAACGAUAUUGUCAUUCAACAUCACGAUAUGAUUGUGACGUCCUCUGAUUUGGGUUUGGCUGUCUCUUGUCAAUACGAUCUAACCAACAAAACGGUUUCGAAUGAUGUUGACUUGGGUGUCACUGGCGAGAUUGAAUCAUCACUCAGCGAAGAGAUCAUUAUCGACUCACCGAAUGUGAUCAUGAAGAUCACCUCACGCGAUGGCAGCGACAUGAAACGCAUUGCUGAAGUUGGUGAUCCGUUGGCUCUGCGCUUCGAAAUUGUCGAACAGAACAGUCCCUAUGAGAUUUUCGUGCGCGAAUUGGUCGCUAUGGAUGGCACAGACAAUGCUGAGAUCACACUGAUCGAUGCCAACGGUUGCCCCACCGAUCAAUACAUCAUGGGCGCCAUACAGAAAUUGUCGGCCAAUCGCAAAGUGCUCGUGUCGCAAUUCGAUGCCUUCAAGUUCCCCUCCUCCGAGGUGGUGCAAUUCCGCGCGCUUGUCACACCCUGUAUUCCACGCUGUGAACCAGUGAUCUGCGACAAUGAGGAUGCUGUUAUGGGUGGCGCUGAUGCCAAAUCGCUUGUGUCGUACGGACGCAGGAGACGUUCAGUGGCAAAUGGAACUGAUGGCGCUGAAUUCUUGUUGAGCACGAUUGCGCAUGCCCAACGUGAGAAACGCGAUGUGAACGGCAACAGCAAAAACAACAACAAUGUAAGUGACAACAAAAAGACCGCCGCCGAUGACAACAUACUGCUGGUGCAAUCCAUUCAAAUCACCGAUAAAUUUGGCUUCAAUCAAGAGGAUACCGACGCGUUGGGCGCCGAUCACAAACUGUACGCCGGCAUUGGCGACGAUGCGCUCACCUGUCUCAAUGGUUAUGGUCUCAUCGUGGCCGGUGCACUGUUCCUGCUAGCCCAAUUCACCAUUUUCAUCAUCUGGAAGACCGUGCAGAAGCGCUCGAAGAAAGAACGCUACCUGUACCAGCACGAAUCGGCAACGGCUGCCGUCAACUAUGGCGCACCUACUAUGGUUUACGGCCAAGCGGGCGGCUCACAUUGCGGCGGCGUCACUGUGGCCUCGCACUCAGGCUCCAGCAACGCCAGCGACACGCUGGGCAAGCUCUAUGAUAGCGGCAUGACGGGACGCUACGGACAGCAAUAUUAAAGGCAAAUGAUAGAUUGACACGUGGGAGACGCCAAAAGUAUUCCACACAAUUAACUAUACAUAAAUUUAUACGAGAAACAAAAGAGAAAAAAUCCAACAACAAAAUACAGGACAUAUAUACAGACAAGCACACGAACACAAGCUACAGCAUUACAUACACACACACACAUAGCAUUAUAUAGAACAAAAAAACACACACGUACACAUAUUUAAUAUAUAAAAUCACAAGAUGUUCGAGGCUUAGGCGUUAGUUGUCCUUAUUUAUAUUUAGGCAUCACUUUUUUUACUUUUAUACGUAACGAAAUUAAUGAAAAGCAAACUUGCAAAACUUGCAAAAAAAUUAUAUUUUAUAUACAGUAGCCUAUUUUAGUUCUAAGUAAAGUAGUUUUAUACUUAGACAAGAAAACUGAAGACUUUUCCAACAGCAAAGCGAGUGUGGGGGUAAAAGUAAAAGCGCAAAAGUCAAAAAAAGCAAAUUUGGGACAUUUUUAUUUCACUUUUUUCCCCUAAAUCACGCAUAUCUAUCCAAACUAGUAAACUAAUUGCAUUGGAAAAACUUGUUUAGCACUUAAAAAAAAUUAUAUAAAUAAAUUUACUUUAGUUUAAGCUAAUUUAGUUAAGGCGGGUGAGAAUUACCUAUUCGACAGUUGUAAAAUGCCAACGUAUGCGCGCUUCUAACGGUGAUAUCCGCCGGCCGUAAGCGCAUGAACCGACCAACAACAAACGAGUGAUUAUGAAAAAUAAUGAACCGUUAGACUGAAGACUACACACACACAAACAUACACACACAUACACCACGUUACGAAUACACGAAUGCUGUUGAUUCGUUGGUUACCGUUUUGAGCCGAGAUCGCUGUUUAGGACUGCGCAUUGUAAGCAAAGCAAAGGAGAAGAAAUUAUUUAAAAAGAAUUUUAUGUUAACAAGACGCAAAUAAAAUGAAAAACUAAAACUAA